AUGGCACCUGCGAUUCGCGAGGUUACCCAGACACUUGUCGAGACCGACACCACUUUUGUGUCUGUCAUUACUCUGGGACAUACUAAGCCCUGGCCAACGUUGAACUUGGCUACAGUGACAACGACUACUCCAUUCACGACUGUCAUCCACGUGGUCGAUAGAGCAGCAACUCCUGCACCCGAGCAUACCCGUUCGGCCAGAAGCACCGGACUAUCAAAUGGAAACAGAGGCGCAAUAGCGGGGUCUAUCCUCGGUGUCGGGACCUUGCUACUGCUCUUAUACUAUCUUUAUCUAUGUCGUUUGCAAUCCCGGCCAUUGACUCCACGAUCAGCCAAAGUUCCACUUGAUCCGGAAGAUCCUGCGCCAGCUCCCGAGCCUGUUUCUACUGACAAUGCACCGUCGAAGAGCAAGAAGAGUGUUACCAUAUCACCUGAUCUUCCUCGAUAUCUUCCUCGAUACUCCGGCUCGAAGGAUAUCAAGUCCAUCAUCACGCCUCUUGUGAGGAUUUCGGCAGAAGUGAACUUGAGGACUAGGUUCGAGACGAGAGAAGGAAGAUUAGGACAACGGGUUCGGUUCAUGAUUCGAAAACGAAAGAAGCCAAGGGCGAAGAAGCGGCGGAGACGCAGGCGUCGAAGAAAGCGCAAAGCUACGAAGGAUGAUGCAAAUUGA